CUGGUUCGGUUGCAACCGGGACACCAUUGGAGUAAAAAAUACUCGUAACCUUGUAGUAAAAACACUGAUCUCUCUCUCUCUCUCUCUCUCUCUCUCAUUCUUUGAUCAACUCGUCUGCAACUCUCCCUCUGUCUGCUCUCUCGGUACUGGUACUCCCUCUAUGUGGAUGGAAGGAAGCAUUUCGAGUGACGAUGGCAGAGAUGAUCCCGAUUUUGUGAUCAUCUGUUUCUGCGGAGAACCAGCACCAUUGACAAAAUCUACAACACAAAAACCCAGGUCGAAGGUUUUUCGGGUGUGCGAAGUUUAAGACAGAGAAUUGUGGGUUCUUUUGCUGGUAUGAGCCUUCUAUUUCGCAAAAUAGGAGUGAUUUGGUGCCAGUGAGGGUUCAGACAAAAACAAAGACUUUGAGGACUGUCGAACAAUGUGAGAGUUCAGACAAAAACAAGAAAGAUGAAGACCAUUGUGUUCGACAGUGGGACCAUCAUGGACCAUUCCAUCUGGAGAAACCUUCCACCGGAGAUCAUGGAACACGUACUCUCUCUCCUACCGGUGAGGUAUCUCUGCCGAUUCAAGUGCGUCUCUCCCUCAUGGAAUUCCCUAAUCUCUUCCCCCCAUUUCGCCAAAACCCACCUUCACAUAACCAAUAACACUCCGAACAAACCCCAAAAAACCCUCCUCAUUUCCAGCUCGUGCGACCUCUCCCGCGACCUCUACUCUGUCGAUUUUGCCGCUACGAACCCGACCGCAGAACAGCUCGAUUUCGCUCUCUCCGUCCGACCCACCAACCGGGUCCGCGGUUGGGGCUCUUGCAACGGCUUGGUUCUAGUUUCCGAUGAGGGGUUGGUUCAAGUUCCUGAUGAAGGUAUAUAUUACAACCUCUUCUUGUUCAAUCCAUUCACUACAGAAUGCAAGGAACUGCCCGAUUCCCCUUUGCUUGACCUACUUUAUUAUGACGAUGUCCACUAUAUUGCAAAUGGAUUGGGUUAUGACUCGUCUACGGAUGAUUACAAGGUUGUGAUGCUCUAUUCCCAUUUGAUUGUUGAUUUUAAUGGCUUUUCAUGUAUUACUAGUGUGGCUGUCUAUUCACUGAAAACUGAUGCUUGGAGGAGAAUUCAAGAUUCACGUUAUAACCCUGAGGAACAUUUUCAUGGGGUUUGCUUUAAUGAGCGUCUGCAUUGGCUUUGUUCGACGACCCACGAUAGUCCUAAAGUUUUUGUUGCUUUUAAUUUGUGGGAUGAGAAUUUCAGGGAAGUGCAUCUACCUACUUUGUUUACUUCAUCCAAUAAGUAUAGGCGUGGGUAUCGCUUCAGGGUGGUUCUUGGGAGUUGUCUCUGUUUGGUUGUUUCGCCCUAUAAAGGAGUUGAAAUUGAUGUUUGGAAGAUGAUGAAGUAUGGGGUAAGAGAGUCUUGGACCAAAUUUACGAUUGCUAAUCACGGGAUGCCUCUAGGUGAUGUGUUGUAUUUGACAGCAAAAGAGGAAUUUGUUUUGAGAAUAAUAGAAGAAGUUAAUGGAGUAAGGAUAUCUGAUGAAUCCGGUCUACUAGUGUACAAUCUAAAAAACGAAACACUAAGGGACAUGGUGGUUUGUGGCAUUCCAACUAAAUAUACGUUUGGAGGCAACUACAUUGAGACCCUCGUCUCUCCUAAUCAUGGAGGACGGAUUUGGAGACACUAUGAAGCUUCUUUAGGUGAAAGUUUGAAGAGUUAUCAGGUAUAUUUCUAACAUAGAAAUGACUCUGUCCCUUUUUUGUAGAUUAAUAAUUGUAUGAAUCGUGUAUCACGUGAGCGUCUAUAUUUAAAUGUUUUUGGAUGUUGCAAGCAAAUCCACGUAUCCCUUUUUGAUAGUUAUGUAUGUUGAGUUAUAUAGAAUUUUGGUUAGUGAUGUAUGUUGAAUUAAAAUUAUGUCCUUGAUCAUACACAAGUGGCUAGGGCCCACUCAUAACGGUUGGAAUCUAACCUAUGAAGCAUGAUUGCAUGGGUAUUUAUAGAUGGUUUAUAUCCAUGUCAUGUCCAUAUAAGUUACUAAUACUCCUUGGAUACUCAUUGGCAGGUACCUAUGUGAUAUGCCUUAAAUGUAUCCGAUACUCCUUAUAGAUGGGUAUUGUAUGUGUAGUUUUGGACAUAAUGAGUUCCUGGUAUGAACCCUUAAUUUGCACUUGGCGGUUGCAAUAUCAGAAUCUCCAUUCAUGAACAAUAUUCCCCCUUGGACUCACUUGGAAGGAACCAAUGUGACCUACCUCUUUCCUACUUUCAUUGCCUGGAAUUGAGGUCUUUUUGGUUCAGCGAUAUUUUUUUGCAUCCCUAGCCUCAAAUCCACUUAUCUCAUUGCCAAUCCUGCAAAGCCUGCCAAAACCUUUGGGGCUUUCAUUAGUGCUGCACUGAACUAGUAAGUUUGGAUACAGUUGCAUGAAGAGAACUCCCUGCCUCGUCGUCCUUAGGUUUGGCAACCCGUUGGACAUUACAUCUAGGAUUUUAUUCAUGGAAUUUAACUUCAUGAGAAAUUGAUGUCUAUUAUUGUGGAAAGGUGCAAGUGGUAUUAAUGCUUUCAGUGAGAAGGCAAUGUCUGGAUGACUAGAACGAUUUAGGAAAGUAAUGUUAUUGUCAUUUCUUUGCUUGCCAAUGUAAGGGCCAUUCGAAUGAAGAUUCCAUUUGUAAUGUGCAUUCUGUCGUUUACUUUUAACAAACCAAAUGACAGAUUGAACGUUCCAUUCUAGUGAACCCAACACAACCUUAAGUUCUUUAUCUACCAGAUUAGCCUCAAUGUCUUAGCUUUACACACUGUGUCCUAGAAAGGUGGGAAGGCUCAGCCAGCUAUAAUAGUGAAUGAAGAUUCUAUUCGUAAUGUGCAUUUGUCAUUUUCUUUUAAUGAACCAAAUGAAGGUAUGAAGUUCCAUUCAAGUGAACCAAACACAACCUUGUGUUCUUUAUCUACCAGAUUCACCUCAUUUUCUUCCCUUUGCUCACCAUUUUCCAGGAAGGAGAAAAGCCUCAGCUACCUAUUUGUUGAUGCCAUUCAUCUCAACUCUUCAACUUCGAAUUUGAUGACUACAACCCCAUUGUAUUUGAAAGAUUUGUUGCUGCAUUGCACUCAUCCAUUUAAAUGAUAAUGAUAAUUGUGAAUUAAUGUUUCUAGUUCUUGCUACUACUCUUCUACAUUACGUAUGGGGGUUCUCGCCAUUUCCUUCGCCGUCUAAUGGACUAUUACUCAUGUUUUUAGAGGCAUUAGAUUACAUAAGCUGAUCGUAUGAAUUUAUUUUGCUGUUGAUAGCGAAGGAACACUCAAGCUAUAAUCCUACAAAUUUAAGCAAUUUACCGGGGAACCAUGUUCUAUCUAGAUGUGCUCUUCAGCGCUUCAUCUCGCCCUUUUGAUGGCACUUAUUGGGCUUGAUUUCAACCGAAGUUUCUUUUCUUUUCUUUUUUUUAAUUUGUAUUUUUUCCGGUAAACGUACUCUUUCAUAUAAGCUCAAACUCAAGAUACAACAAGUCCAACAAGGACCAAAACGAAA